GUACUUCCAAUUCGGAAACGGACUUCCGAAGCAAUUGUAGCAGAUAGCCUGCACUUUGUUUACGUCUGACCAGCUGCUGGACUGACAGCUCCCGGAGAGCUUUAAACGCGUGUCUGAGCGCCUGCCGUGGUUCCCUGCAUCUUGGUGAACUUUCGGAGGGAAACACUGGGGAUGGAGCGUUUUGUUGAAUGAGGGGGACUCGCUAGAUGCCGACAGGAGGAUGAACUCCAUCACCGGUCGGGCUCUUGCCUCUGUCACCAACUCUGGAGCUUCAUCCUCUCGAGCCCUGCAUGUGGAGCUCACCUCCCAGCAGAGACGGUUGCGUCACCUCCGGAGCAUUGCUGCCAGGAACAUAGUGAACAAGAAUGGCUCUCCACUGCUGGACACUUACUUCACCCUCCACCUCUGUGUAGGAGAUCGCAUUUCUAGAGACUUUUACAAGAGUGAAGUCAUUCGAGACUCACUGAACCCGACCUGGCGGAGCCUGGACUUUGGUAUGCUUCCAGACCUCCUGGAUACGUCGGUGUCUUGCUUUGUGGUGAGGAUAUGGGGCGGACAGGAAGAACAGUACCAGCUCCUCAUUGAAUGGAAGGUCAACCUGGAUGGCCUCAGAUACACGGGACAGCAGAUUCGAUCCAGAUACCCAAAUGAGAUCAUAUUUGGACUGAAUGAUGGCUACUAUGCAGCUGACUUUGAUCACAAGGAUCCAUCAGAGCGGAAGAAUUACAGCCUGCUUCAGGUGGACCAAUGCUCAGUCAGGAACUCCUACAGCGUUUUCUCUCUGCUCAGGCUUCACACAGCGCAGAGAGUCAUCAAACAGACCCAGAUGACGGUCCAGAAGAGCGGGAAGGAGAUCGAGGAAAAACUGAGAACCACAGCGGCUUGCACUGAGCGGAAGAAGGAGCGGGAGUGCAUGCAGCUGCGCAUCGCCGUGCUCCGCAGUGAGCUGCAGCGGCAGAAGAAGGCGCUUGGCCGGGAGACGGACAUUCGACAGAAGGAGAGGGCGCGGCUUCAGAAGAAAGAGGAAGUUUUUUCUACUCAGCACGAAAGUCUGAAGGAGGAGAAAGAGUCCUUAACAAAGUUGCAGAAGGAAUGCACAGCCAAGAGAGAGCACUUCCUGAAAACCAACGCCCAGCUCACCUUCCGCUGUCGCCAGCUCCUCUCUGAGCUCUCCUACAUCUACCCCAUCGAAGUGGUCAAUCAGUCGGAUUAUGUCAUCUGUGGAGUGAAGCUGCCAAACUCAGACGACUUUCAAGCGAAAGAUGACGGGAGCGUGGCGGUCGCCCUGGGUUACACAGCACACCUGGUCCUGAUGAUCUCCUGCUUCCUUCAGCUCCCUCUUCGGUACCCGGUGAUCCACAAGGGUUCCCGCUCCUCCAUCAAGGACACCAUCACAGACAGACUCACUGAGAAGGAGAGAGAAUUCCCUUUGUACCUCAGAGGAGAGCGCUUUCAUUUUGAAUAUGGCGUCUACUUACUGAAUAAGAACAUCGCCCAGCUGAGAUAUCAGCACGGCUUGACCACCCCAGACCUGCAGCAGACGCUACCCAACUUAAAGAACUUCCUGGAACAUGGUCUGAUGGUGCGAUGCGAUCGACAUCACAUCUCCAGCUCGAUUCCAGUGCCCUGCAGGUCCCAGUUGGGCGUGUCCGCUGCCUCCGAACCGGGUUACUCUCACCACAACAGUUCCCCCGACCGCGGCCCGAGGAAGAGGGCGAGCUCGGAGGCCGAGGCACAGCUCAAGUACAAGCCAACGCCUUCUCCAAACAACAAUGCGGCCGCAGGGAAGGAGCAGCCUCCUGCUAACCUGACGCCGCCCUCGCCGGCAUCCAAACAUGCGUCCUCAUCUCCUGAUGCCAGCAUGGCCUCACUUCACCUCACCACCACUGCAGCGACCAACAAGGAGGACGGGGAGCAGGGAGGGCAGCCAGAUGUAGAGGAGAAAAAUAAAGACGCUGGCAUGAAGAGCAAAGAAGUCAAACAAAAAGAAUCUGAGGAGCGGCCGAGCAGCUGUGCAGGGGCAUCCGCUCCCUCUGUAUCACAGGAAGCUGGACAGGAAGCCGUUUCAAGUAACCAUACAGGUGUAAUGAACGGCUCCCUGGCAUCAGGACAGGCAUCUGUAGGCCUGGUCCCAGAGCUGCACUGCUCCGUGGAGCAAGCUGAGGAGAUCAUGGGCACAGAGGCCACAGGUUUAGGUCUGGGCCUGGGGUUAGGCAUAACAGAUGAGGCCCAGCUGGAAGGUUACCGCUGCAUUCCUGUGGACCACGCAGUAGCUGUGGAGUGUGACGAACAGGUGCUGGGUGAGCUGGACGUGGCCGGCUUCGAGGAGUUCAAUAGGCGCAUCUAUGCACUAAACGAGAACAUGUCCAGCUUCCGCCGGCCUCGCAAGAACUCUGACAAAUGAGACAGGGGGCAGGAGGCUAGAGGGAGCCAUGGGGGAAACUUGCACAUUGUCUAAGCAGAUACAAGGCAGGGAGAUGACCUAAAAAGGACAGAGAGGCAGGUUGAAUCUUUGGGGCUUUUGUGAAUGAACCGAUUUGCACUUAUUAGUGACUUUUCCACAUGAAUCUUUUCAGUUAGUCGAGUCAAACUAAAGUCCUGGGACAGGAAGCUUUUCCUUUUUCUAUUCCAGCUGAUAGAUAUCUUUUAAAAAAGAUAUAAAACAGCUCACAUGUUUUAACAUCUAUUCACAAUACCUGUGAUAAUAUGUGUGAUAUUGUGUAGAAGGCCCAAAGUGAGGGUUGGUGGCCUUUCACGGGGCCAUCCAGUCGGAUCCUGAGACACGUCUGUGGUCCAUUCAAACUGCAAGAGAGAGCAGGACUUAAAGGUAACAGGAAGGAAGAUUGUAAAGUACUCGGUGUGUCAUGGAAGGUUGACCUGAAGUCUGAGGUCAAGGUUACACAGUGAGAACAUGACUGGUUCUCUAAGUCAUCCUAAUAGGCUAAAAACAAUCUGAAAUAUCAAAUUAAUGUAUUAAAUAAUGAUACGGUUCUGUUUUUGACUGCCUGUUCUCUCCUGUAUGGUUACUAGUCGGCUGGAUUUGGUAUCAGGAGGUCAAAGCUUUCCAAAAGCCUUCUUAUCACUGCGUCCUUAUUGCCACCCUUAAAAAAAAAAAAUUUUCUGCACAAACGAUUUCUGUUUGCAGCCACUGAUCUAAUGAGCACAUAGUGUUAGAAGCGGCUCAUCCUUAAAGCUUUUUGUCCCAGCACUUUCACCUCUAACGGAAGUUAUUUCAAACUUUCAUUCCGGCUGCAUGUCAUUGGAUGCGUGCAGGAGGGAGCGUUUUGGAGCCAUACAUCAGCAUGCAGACUGUCACACGUACACGGCUAGAGCGCUCCACCAAUGAGCUUUGAUCACAGCAAAGUGAGGAGGAAGCAGGAGGCCCAUUCAGCACACACUCAACUUAUCCUUCAGGUUUUAACACAAAGUUCACAGGUGGUGGGUCGGACCUCACAGCUAAUGGCAGGGAAACGGUGCAAUCGAUUAUUUCCUUCAUCCACCUUCGUGUCUAUUCCUUUUUUUUUCUUAAUUGUAUGGAUUCUAAAGAAUAUAAUUCUGUUUACUCAGUGGAUCAAAUGUAACUCUGUAUUCUGGAAUGUCCCACUCAGGCUCCCGUCUAACUGUCAGAAACAAAUCCUGCUGUCUGAUUAAGUCUCGUCUCCCUGUUCUGAAUGCUUUGCUGCACUGGUAUUCAACUAAUGCUUUAUUUAUGUCUCUACAGAUGUAUGUAAAAUGAAACCCGACGCAUAGUUUUUAUUUCCUGAUAAUAUUGAAUGUUGCUCAUGAAUAUUGUUGAUUCCUAGACUGAUAUCCAAAGUAGGGAGCCAGACUUGGACUGUCCCUCUGAAUACUCUGCCACGCUGACGAUGGACUCGCCUCAUUCAGACCGUAAAGUGUUUCAGAUCCUGUUGGGGGGGAGGAGGUGCUGGAAGGGGAACAAUGUUAGAUCAUUUCCAUAAACUAUACAGUUAAACAGUUGACUAUGUACAUAUACUUUUGUAUGAAGAACUUUUUGGUUAUUAAAGACUUUGAGUCCGAUGGCAUGGGUGCAUUUACCCCCUUUAAAA